AUGGCUUCUCAUGGUGAAUCUGGUGCACAAGGGGGUGGGUCUCAAUCCUCCAAGGAUGCAGAAAUUAUGGAGCUUCAAAGACAGAACCAAAUGAUGCGAGAAAAACAAGCUAGAAUGCUCUCAAAUAUUCCACCUGAGCAAAGGAUGCAAAUGGAACGAAGGCAGAUGAUGCAGAGACAACAGAUGAUGCAGCAGAAUGUUGCGAUGGGUCAAACCCCACAGGCUGAUGUGAUCAGGCAGAAAAAACAACUUGAACUAAAAGAACAGGCUUUGGCUAUAAAGCAGAAACAAAUUCAGGUUGCAGCCAUGGAGCUAGAGGUGAAGAAAAAGAGACAGGAAAUGGAGACCAAUGUGAAACAGUUGACAUCUAAGUCAAAUCAAGGGAGUGUUCCAGAUGAUGAAACUGGAGCUGAUGAUAACAACGAGAAAUCAUCUGAUAAUGUUGAUCAGUCUGUGAAACCAGACAAUCAGGCUGACUCUGAACUCCAGGAUGCUUUGGACACAAUGGGCUUACCAAUGGGUUUUGGGAGAGGAUUUGGACAUCAAACUGAAAAGGAGAAACUCUCCAAAACAAGUGAAAGUGAAAAAAACAAAACUCCAAAAAAGCGAAAACCAGGUUUUAGUGAUGAAAUAGAAAUUGAGGAAAGAAUGGAGAACCGUGGAGAAAUGAGGGGGAAUUGGGGAGGAAUGAUGGGGAAUCAUGGUGGUAUGAUGCAAAAUCUGGGUUAUCGUGGUGGAAUGAUGGGAAAUCGAGGGGGAAUGAUGGGAUAUCAUGGAGGAUUCAUGAGAGGUCACAGAGGAAUGAUGAGUAACCAAGGGAGAUUUCCAAAUUUCCCAAAUGACAUUCAGACUGGUCUCCAAAGAGACAUGAUCUUAUCUAGACAAGAAUUUCAAAACAAGCUGGAUAGCGUAACAUAUGGCCAGACAUCAAUGAACGAACCUAAUACAUAUGAAUUUCAAGAUAGACUACCUUUGAAAGACAAGGAGGACAAGCACAAUGAUGAUGAUAAUGAUGAAGAGCCUGAUCCAGAACAAGAUGCAUUAGACAGUAUGGGUUUACCUAUGGGAUUUGGGAGGGGUUUUGGAAACAGAACUGUAGAAAAGGCCAGGGGCAACUAUGGGAAAAAGAAAGAGAGAAAGCAGCAACGAGAGUCGUCCAUAUUGGGUGCCUUUCCAGGGCAAUGUUGGAUUGGAGAUCAGAGGGCACCACCACAGGGAUUUCAACAAUAUGGGCAAGGACGUGGCUAUGAUUAUUAUCAAGAUGAUUAUGGUUAUCAGCAAUACUAUAACAUGCAGCAACAAAUGAUGCCUUUUUACCCAGAAGUCCCAUAUGAUCAACGUUACAAUCAAACCAGGAAUAUCACAAAUUGGCCUUUCGAGAGACUGGAAGGUAAAGAAGUAGAUGAAAAGGAGGCUGAAUAUAGUUGGGCCACUGGCUAUGCUGGCAAUUUGAACUUCGAUAUUGACAAGGCCAAACGGGAAAGAUGUGAAAAGUUGAAAGCAGCUAAAGAGCAGGCUUUGAAAGAAAUUGGUCAGGAGGAUGAAAAUAAUGAAACUACAGAAGACAGCAAAAAGACCGAGACAGUUGGACUAUCCAUAGAGGAAAGAGCUGCCAUGGGGCUAAAACCCAGGAGAACUCUACCUGGACUUGGAGCAAAUAAAGAUAAAGAGGGUGAUGAGCCAAUGAAUAUUGAUGUGCCUGAUCCUAAAUCUGAUGAGUACAAUGUGCCAUUCUACAGUGGUUAUUUUGUGGGUGGUGGCUCACUGGUUAGCAAAGACCGAGCUAAGCUACAUGAUGAUGAAACUGACUAUGCUAAUGAGCCAAUGGAGGUUACAGAAGAGGGAACAAAGUCUAACUUUAUUGGCCCAGAACAGCCAAACAUACGCCAGGCUCCAGGUGAUCAAGAUGCUUACAUGGAUGAAAAUGUAAGUGCAAAUAUGGUAAUGCCCAUUAAUGAUGAUGACAUUGUUGCUCCGAGAGCACCGAUGAGACCUGAUUGGAAAAAGGAUUACUAUGACGAUCAUGAGGAUCCAAAGUAUCGUAACAAAAACCUUCAACAUGUUCCAAAGAAGAUCUACAAACUUGACACAGAAUUGGUCGAGAAAUUUGAAAAGCUACGUCAGCUGUUGAAAGAUGGCGAACCAAAACCCCAGCCUGGAGAAGAACCCCUUGGAAAAAUACCCAGAUUGCACAGUUGUACAAGCACUUCAGGACUAGAGGUGACCCUCAUCCUUGAUUCAGCUGGGCGAGUUAACAAUAUUCAGCGAUUCACGUGUAAGCUGUUUAUUGGAGAUGUGUUCAUUGUCAACGCAGAUGGUCCUUCCAAACGUAUGGCCAAAUCAAUUGCAUAUGCUCGUACUGAGGAGAUGCUGAUGAAUGAAAAAACAAAUACAAAGGCCUUGUUGAUAACCCAUGCUAGACUCCAACCAGAGGAUACAGAAAAUGCAAUAAGCACGUUUAAUAGUGCCUCAAAGUCUAAUAGUAUUGAAACUAAUGCAGCAGUGCUAGGAAAGAGACCAAAGAGACCAUGGCAUGAGCUUGUUAUCCUGGAAAACAAGGACUUGAAGUGUGGCAGUGGUGGCCAUAGUCUACUUCAGCAGAGUGCAGACUUCAGCAAGAUGCUCCUAGAAUGGAAAUACACACGUUUCUAUGUUGAAAAUGAGAAUGAAGAAGGAGCUGAAGAAUUUAGAGUCACGUGCCAAGUAGCAAUAGAAAAGCAUAUUCUCGGAGAGGCCACAGCCAAUGAGAAGAAAAUCGCUAAACAGCUUGCUGGAGAAAAGGCUUUGGCGUACUGUGAACAAGUCUGCACAAAAGUCAUUGUGAAUGAUCCGAGGCAGGUAGAGAAAAUGUCACGCUCUCAACUCAUAAUGGGGGGGUUAGAAAAGGAUGAACCCAAGAAAGAUGCAAACAUGUUGAAUAAAGGUCCUGGAGCUAUGAUUAUGAUGAAGUGGGGAUGGGACGGUGUUAGCGCUCUCGGCAGGGGAGGUGGUCUUGUCGAACCUAUCCAACCCAUAGACUUAACCUCGGUUUAUGGAUUUGAGUUCGCCUUUGGGAAGCGACGUGUUAUCACCGAUAGUUUCCGUGAGAAAGUAGAACUUAUCGCGAAGAAUUACAUCCAUUCUGAUAACCCAGAUGAUUUGGUGUUCUGUGAUGAAUUUGGGAAAGAAGAACGUCAAAUUAUUCAUCGUAUUCUUACAAAUGUAGGACUUAAAGCAAGUACAAAGACUUUCAAAGUAGGACACGGUCAGUUCAGAUGUUUUUUAAGAGCCAGGCGUAAGUUCACAUCAAUUGAAUUGGUGAACAUGUUGAGACGCCACGGUGGAAAAUCAAACAUGUAUACCCUAAUGGAGGCCCCAAUGAUUGUCAGUGAACGUGGUAGGAUCCAAGAGCGGAAUACGAACAUUGGUGGUUUUACAACAGUGAAAUCAACUGCCAAAUCAAGUGCACCCCCGCCAUCCAAGGAAAACACUGCAAAUCCCGCACUGAAGGCUAUCUGGCAAAGCGAUGCAGUAACUGGAUUAGGUGGUAAUGCUAGAGAGAAACUUAGCGCAAAGGGUAUACAAGGAACAGCAGCCUCUGCCAGAGCUGCCACUGGGCAACAUCAAAAUAAAUGGGGAAAUCAACAAGGUGGUAAAAAGUAUUACAACCACAGACAAGUGCAUGAAGUGCAAGGCUUUCAGGUUGUCAAACCAGACGCAGCUACCGGCAAGGUACCUGAUAAUCGUCCCAAGAUCCAAAAGACUCAGUUCACUCGUCAACCGGGACAGCCUGUCGUUUCAAACAAAUGGGUGAAAUCCGGAUCAUCAACAGCCGAGACCUACAAAUCCCUACCGCAAAAACAAUCUAGUAGUAAUUUAGGAGCAACACCCAGCUCUAAACCCAUCGGUGGAUUUACCAUUCCAAAGGUAUCUAGCACUACAACCUCUUCCCAGUCAAGCUAUUCGGGAGUUAAAACUGGAUAUGAAACUUCGAGCAGCAAGCAAAGUCAAAAUAACUAUGCAUCAGCUAAAGGUAACACCUCUGGAUAUAAGAGCCAGGGUAAUGCUAGUAACUAUGGAUCGAGUGCUAGUAACUAUGGAUCGAGUGCUAGUAACUAUGGAUCUAGUGCUAGUAACUACGGAUCUAGUGCUAGCAACUACGGAGCUAGCGCUAGUAACUAUGGUGCUCAAGGAAGUUAUGGAAAUCAAGCUGGGUACUCAACCCCUGCUAAUUCAAGUGCCCAAUCUGUAUAUGGGACUCAAGGAAGUUAUGGGACUCAAGGGAGUUAUGGCUAUGGGGCAGAUAGUAGAUAUUCAAUUCCAGUGGCCACCCCACCUCCUCCCCCUCCCCCAGAGGCCCCUGCCCAGUCUAGUUACAUUACCACCCCCCAGAACACUUAUGGAACAAAUUAUUCUCAGUAUGGAGCUACUAAUUAUGGCCAUCAAUACUGA